AUGGGGAAAUGUUUGGGUAUUUCUGUAAGACCGUCUUUAAUAACCCAAAGAGUGAGGGAAAUGUGGAGGCCCCAAGGAACUCUAGAGGUCAUUGAUUUAGGUAAAGAUGUCUAUCUUUUUCGUUUCUCUAUCCAAGAUGAUUAUAAAAAGGCCUUACUAGGAGGACCAUGGUUUAUAAUGGAUCAUUACUUAAUGAUCACCAAAUGGAGGCCAAACUUUAGACCUUCAAUGAAUCCUUUUGAUAGGAUGACCGUUUGGAUUCGAUUCCCAGAAUUACCCGUCGAGUAUUAUGAUAAAGAGGCUCUUUUCGACAUCGCCAAGCUAGCAGGGAUUCCAAUUCGAGUUAAUUAUGCAACUGAUCAUAUCACUAGAGCAAGGUAUGCAAGGGUAUGCCUUGACAUUGACCUUACUAGUCCUUUGAUCUCUAAAGUUUGGGUGGGAAAUAGUUGGCAAAUAAUUGAAUAUGAAAAUAUUCAAUGCCUAUGUUUCCUUUGUGGAAAAAUUGGACACUCUAAGGAGCGUUGUUCUCUAAAAAUUGUGGAAAAUAUUGUCCAACCUACUACUUCUACCUCAAAAGAUGAGUUGAAUUCCACUUCCAAACCAUCUUCUUCAACUUCUACCCCUAAUAUGGGGGUCUUGGUUUCCCACCAAAAUUCUGACUAUGGACUAUGGACUAUGGUUUCCAAUAAGAAAAAAAAAUUACACCUCAAAGACUAUUAA